AUGGAAAGAUUCCAGUCUUCCAUGCGCAAACGGCUGUACAGUUUGCCGCAAAACAUUGGGCAAAAACCCUUCGUGAUUGACGAAGGAGACAACGGUGACAAGGACACUAAGAGGAAAAGUAUUCGGCUAAAACAUUUGUCCUCUUCGUCUCCUGCAAGCAGUUGCAGGAGCAUUGAAGAAGCCAGGAGCGAAGACUUGGACAGGGACGUUACUGUGAAGACCAACUUGAAUGGGGACUGUCGCUUAUUUAGGGGAAGCAUCUCCUCCAUCACCGGGCGGCAUCCUGCCGGGUCAGAUCCAGCAGAGCAGCGGCGCCUCAUCCCCGAGGCUGAUGCCGGUGUCAGCGAGAGCUUCCCCGGUGAGCACGGCCCCGGGGCCCAGCAGCGGGGAACGGGUAGUUUGAGUGGCGCAACCGGGCAAGCAUCUAUGUUUGACCAGUCAAGUUUCAUCAAGUUGGAGGGCUCCGAGCAAAUAAUACCUGAGGACGACCGGCUGUACCAAGCCGGCUUCAUGCACCGACAGUUUGGGGCGAUGCUCCAACCGGGAGUCAACAAAUUCUCCCUGCGGAUGUUGGGGAGUGAGAGGGCCGUGGAGCAUGAGAGGGAACGAGUAAAGUCUGCUGGCUUCUGGAUUAUCCACCCGUACAGUGAUUUUAGGUUCUACUGGGAUCUGACCAUGCUGCUGCUGAUGGUUGGAAACCUCAUCAUCAUCCCUGUGGGCAUCACCUUCUUCAAGGAUGAGCACACUCCACCCUGGAUUGUCUUCAAUGUGGUCUCGGACACCUUCUUCCUCAUGGACCUGGUUCUCAACUUCCGCACGGGCAUUGUCAGGGAGGACAACACGGAGAUCAUCCUGGACCCGCAGAAGAUCAAGAUCAAGUACCUGAAGAGCUGGUUCGUGGUGGAUUUCAUCUCCUCCAUACCUGUGGACUACAUCUUUCUCAUCGUAGAGACACGCAUCGACUCUGACUUUUACAAAACGGCCCGAGCUCUGAGAAUCGUCCGCUUCACCAAGAUCCUCAGUCUGCUGCGGCUGCUGCGCCUCUCCAGACUCAUUCGCUACAUCCACCAGUGGGAAGAGGUUUUCCAUAUGACCUACGACUUGGCCAGCGCCAUGGUACGCAUCAUGAACCUGAUUGGUAUGAUGCUGCUGCUGUGUCACUGGGAUGGAUGUCUGCAGUUCCUUGUUCCAAUGCUGCAGGACUUUCCUGCUGAUUGCUGGGUCACCCGAAACAAGAUGGUGAAUGACACGUGGGGUCAGCAAUACUCCUAUGCCCUGUUCAAGGCCAUGAGCCACAUGCUGUGCAUUGGGUACGGCCUGUACCCCCCUAUAGGCAUGGCUGAUGUGUGGCUCACCAUCCUCAGCAUGAUUGUGGGCGCUACCUGCUUUGCCAUGUUUGUGGGACAUGCGACUGCACUCAUUCAGUCUCUGGACUCCUCCAGGAGGCAGUACCAAGAAAAGUAUAAACAGGUGGAGCAGUACAUGUCCUUCCACAAGCUCCCUGCUGACAUGCGUCAGAGGAUCCACGAGUACUACGAACAUCGUUAUCAGGGGAAGAUGUUUGACGAGGAAAGCAUUUUGGAGGAGCUGAAUGAACCGCUGCGAGAGGAGAUCAUCAACUUUAACUGUCGUAAACUGGUGGCCUCCAUGCCUUUGUUCGCCAACGCUGAUCCAAACUUUGUCACCUCUAUGUUGACCAAACUGCGCUUUGAGGUCUUUCAGCCGGGCGACUACAUCAUCAGAGAGGGAACCAUCGGCAAGAAGAUGUACUUCAUCCAGCACGGCGUUGUCAGCGUCCUGACCAAAUGCAGCAAUGACACCAAGCUGUCAGAUGGCUCAUAUUUUGGAGAGAUCUGCCUGCUGACCCGAGGCAGAAGGACAGCCAGCGUGCGAGCAGAUAACUACUGUCGCCUGUACUCUCUGUCGGUAGACAACUUCAACGAGGUGCUCGAGGAGUAUCCCAUGAUGAGGAGGGCCUUUGAGACUGUGGCUCUCGACCGUCUGGACCGCAUCGGGAAAAGGAACUCUGUUCUUCAACAUAAAGUCCAACAUCACCAAAGCUCUGGCACACUAAACCUCCAAGAGAGUGAGAUCAUCCAAAGAAUAGUGCAACAUGACCGUGACAUGGCCCAAUGCACACAGCUGAUCCAGACCAGCACCGCACAGAGUUUAAACCUUCCCCCUGCUCCCCCAUCACCCACACCCGUCAUCUGGGCCCCGCUGGUCCAGGCCCCGCUCCAGGCUGCCGCUGCCACCACCCCACUGGCACUGGCCUUGGCCCACCACUCCCAAGUGCCUCCCAUCCUAUUUCACCAUUCUCUGGCACUAGGCUCUGGCUCUCUGAAGGACACCAUCGGCCAUCCAAAAAGAGUCCAUGUUGGAGGGCACGUGUCCAGCAGCUGUGGUUCAGUGCCCGGUUCUCCUGCGGGCUCCAUCAACUUUCGCACCGGGGUUGAGACUCCCACACUGGCGGCCCUCAGGGCACAGCAUUUCCCCACUGGGCCCGUGUCACCCACACAGAUGUCCCAGCCCAUCUUCACCAGCAACUUGCAGCCCCUGGCCCCUCUGCCUCAGCCAACACACCAGCCUUCACACCAUUUUCCCCUCUCCACCAUGGCCUCACUCUACCCCAUUAGUCAGGCUGCUGUCUCCUACACCUGCUCUGCUCAGCUCCACUCCCAGCCCUUCCACGGUGCUAUGACCACCCCACCCAACCCAUUAGGUUUACUCCAGCAGGGGGCACCAGGGAGGCUAGCAGGGAGAUUCCCAGCCCCUUUCUCUUCCACCAUAAGCCCUCUGAUCUCCAGCUCCGUCAGCCCCAUACUAAGCCAGCUGCAGCAGCCCUCUCACGCCACCAUGCAGCAGAUGGGGUCCAGUCAUGACAGAGUAGUCAGGACAUCCAGCGGUCUGAGCCUCCCACAUUUUCCCUUCAUCACCAGCACCCAAUCCUCCAGUGGAUUUAUGCAGCCAGGGUCUGGAGCUGCAGCCUCUCUGGCGCAGCACAGCCUGGCGGGCCUCCACUCUGCUUUCCUGCCACAGGUUCUCCCGGAGCACUCGGCCCUCGCCUCCCUGGCCCAGUAUGGCUCUGCUGAGGUCUCGCCCUGCUACACGCCUCCAGUCCACAGUCCCAGCAUACAGAGCCCAGUGAGGGGACGGACAGUUUACCACAGUGAGGCCCCCUGCACCCAGAGCUAUCACAGGCCCCUAACCCCUCAGACCUCAUGCCCUGCUAGGGUGGCCUGUACCCCCAAAGAGAGUGCUGAGUCAUCGGCGGAUCUCUUUACCCAGGAAAUAAAGACUAUCUCAGGCUCUUACAGCUCUAUACACCAGGAAAGGCCUUUGGCCAUGAGCGGCUCCUCGGAGGGGGCAGCAGGGGUACUGAGCCCCUUCUCCGCCCCCUUGGCUGUCAGCAAACCCUAUAGCCCGAUCCCGGGUCAAGCUACUCCUGUUAGCCGGACACAUUCAGGGCCUGAACCUCAGAACCAGUUUGUUGGUGUACCCUCUCCCCUGGCUAGAUCCCCUGCUAAGAUGUUAGAGACAGAACACAAACAGUCCAAACUUCCCUCCAACUUGUGA